UGAAAGCCCAGAAAUGGGUUGGAUUUCUCUCGGGCCACCCAUAUUCAAGCCCCCCAAAUAUAGGGGCUCACUGGUUCUUGCAUAUUUGACUGAAUUUGGUCGGGGAGGAAGUAGGAGAGAAAUGGCUUCGGUGGUGAAGAAUGUCUUCAAGUCAAUCCGGGAAAAGGGCGUCGGCAACUUUCUCAGGGAGCUCAGAGAAGAAGGCUACACGAAGUGCUUCUUCGAUGGUAACCUUCUGCAAACAAAGAUUCACAACAUUGGGGCAACACUUGUUGGCGUCGAUAAGUUUGGUAACAAAUACUAUCAGAAGCUUGGAGACAAUCAAUAUGGAAGACAUAGGUGGGUGGAAUAUGCUCAAAAGGGUCGCUAUAAUGCUUCACAAGUUCCACCAGAAUGGCAUGGUUGGCUCCAUUUCAUCACUGACCACACAGGAGAUGAGCUAUUAUUGCUGAAGCCAAAGAGAUAUGGGGUUGAACACAAAGAGAACUUCUCUGGAGAGGGCGAUGAGUAUAUCUAUCAUUCCAAAGGACAUUCCCUCCAUCGUGGGCAAAGAGACUGGACUAGAUACGAACCAUGGCAGCCCACUAAGGAAUAAUUUUACCCUUUUCAUCAGUGCAUCCCACAAGAGAAGCUGCAAAUAAUGUAUGGGCUGCAAGUUGUUUUUUCAUUUCAUUAAUAAAAAGCUCAUAGAAAGUGAAGACUUUCUUGGAAGUGCUUUUGUGGAGUAUUAUCAUUUGUUUUCAAUUAGAGUCGGAGACUUUCUUGGAUUAUGAAUUGACUCUAGAACUCAAUUGGCAUAUUGAAUCUGUUGUGCUUAAAAAUUGCAUGUAUAUGCUGGAUGCUAAUGAUGUGAAGGGUGCAUGAUCUUUAAGUUGAGAGUUUUCUCAUCACUAUGAGGUUUUCCUUUGUGUUUGUUAAGCACUUGGAAGUGGAGCAAUUUUUUUUCACUAGGUUAUUACAGUUUUUGCAUUGCUCGUGCUUUUGAAAAGAGACUUAUUUUACUGAUUAUAGAAAAGCUUAAUGGUAAAAGGUGAUACUGUUUAAAAAUACAAAUAUAUUAGGUUGUAUUCGUGUUUGCAUUGCUUAUGAGAAGUGAUAUAGAGAAACUGCGUAAACGUUGGUAGUGUACUGGUGUUCGAAAGAUAAAAUUAUUUUCAAAAACAAAAUAUUCUUUGGUGUAUUACUCGAAUAAAAUAUGAUAGGAAAACCCUUAUCUAUUGCUUUUGUUAAAC